AUAAAAAGGACAUUGUCUUAAAAUAAUUAUGGAUCAAACAACACAAGAUUUACAAGAAAAUUGGAAUGAGCAAGUCGAAACAUUCGAAGAUUUAACUUUGAGCAAAGAUCUACUAAGAGGCAUCUUCUCUUAUGGUUUCGAAAGACCAUCAGCCAUCUAACAAAAAGCCAUCAAACCAAUCAUUAUAGGAAAGGAUGUCUUGGCACAAGCAUAAUCAGGAACUGGAAAAACUGGUACAUUCACCAUUGGUGCUCUACAGAGAAUCGACCCAAACCAAAGAAAGACUCAAGUCAUCAUUCUAGCUCCAGUUAGAGAGUUGGCAAAGCAAAUUUAUGAUGUGGUUAAAGGAAUUGGUCAAUACUUGAACAUCGAAGCCUUCUGUUGCAUUGGUGGUACCUCAACCUAGGAGACCAGAGAAAAAUGCAAAUAAGGAGUGCACAUCAUUAUCGCUACUCCAGGUAGAUUGAUCGAUAUGAUGAAAAACAAAUAUUUGGAUGCCACAUUUAUGAGAUUGCUUGUUGUAGAUGAAGCUGAUUAAAUGUUAGACUAAGGUUUUAGUGAUAACUUUCGCAGAAAUCCUAAAAAUGGGUUCCAGGAGAUAUUUAAAUUGCUUUAUUUAGUGCUACAUUCCCCUAAGAAAUUAUUGAAUUGAGUAAAUAAUUCCUCAGAGAAGGAACAGCUAAGAUUUUGGUUAAGAAGGAAUAAUUGACAUUGGAAGGUAUUAGAUAAUUCUACAUUGCAAUCCAACAAGAGGAUUAAAAAUUCAGAGUUUUGGUUGAAUUGUAUAAGAAUCUUACAGUUUCUUAAUCAAUCUUAUUCUGCAACUCCAAAAAAACCGUUGAUGAUUUGCAUGAUAAAUUGACCGCUGAAGGAUUUACUGUCAGUAAAAUCCACAGUC